AUGGCAGAAGAAGGGGCCAUCCUCACCAGGAACCUGAAAGCUGCUGUUUCAGCCAUCCUCCAAGGCUACCAGGAUGGGCAGCCUCCAGUGACAGACGCCAGCGCUGAGCUGCACAGACUCUGUGGCUGCCUGGAGCUGCUGCUGCAGUUUGACCAGAAAGAGCAGAAGAGCCUCCUGAGGCCUCGGAAGGACUACUGGGACUUCGUCUGCACUGGCCUGCGGCGACAGCGGGGCAGCACGGAGCCGGCCCGUUUUGUCCACUCACAGGACAAGUUGAAGACUCCUCUAGCAAAAGGCCGUGCCUUCAUCCGCUUCUGCCUAGCCCGCGGACAGCUGGCCGAGUCCCUGCAGCUCUGCCUUCUGAACCCAGAACUCACCAGGGAAUGGUAUGGCCCCCGGAGCCCUCUGGUGUGCCCUGAACUCCGGGAAGACCUCCUGGAUUCUCUCUAUGCUCUCAAUGGAGUGGCCUUCGACUUGGACCUGCAGUGGCCGGACCUAGAUGAAGCCUGGCCCAUGUUCUCAGAGUCCUGUUGUUCCAGCCGGACCCAGGGGAGAAGACCCAGAAAGACCAAAGACUCCCCAAAGCAGAUCUCAGCUGCACGUGGAGACCCUGCAGGAGUCCACCCAGAGGAGCCACACACUAGCCAGACCCGCUGUCUGCAAGAUGCACCCCGGGAAGGCUGGUUAGCGGGGCUCCCCGGGUCCCAGCCACAGAGGCAUCUUCCUCCCUUUCUGGAAAAGAAGAGAGAAGAUCCCAGGAGCCUCAGGUCUCCCCAGGGCAUGUGGGAACCAUCAGGGGAGGAACUCCAGCAAGCCCAGAAGGGAGACCCAAAAACUGGGACCUGCCUGGAGAUUUCAACACCCAGCAUCCUGGGACAGGGAGAGAGUUCCAAGGAGGCUCCAAAGGAGGUGAUAGGGACAGAGACUGAGGGCAGAGGGGUUCUUCCUGGUGCGGAGGGGACUCAUGAAGGGGGAGCAGAGCGCACUUGUGUCCACAGGCUACUGGCCUCCAGCCCCGCAGGGACAAUAGAGGACACAAUGUCAGGGAGCCAGCAGGAGUGGGAGGUACCUAGCAUUCCAGGGGAGCCCCAAAUCCUCUGGGGCUGGGGAUCAAAGGAAGACUUCACCCCAGAGAAACCACAAGAGGAAACAAGAGUGACCAGCGGGACCAGGAGGAAGGAGCGGGCAGAAGUGGCCUUGCAGGAUGUGGUCAAGAGCCUGAGAUAUGGGCUCCGGAAGACCGAGGAGCGGGCCCAGCACCAGGAGCAGCUGCUGAAGAAGAAGGAAGGGGAGCUGCGGACGCUGCAGGAGCAGCUCAGCAGGUGUCAGGAAGAGAGGGCCCGGCUGCAGACAGAGCUGGAGCAGAAGCGGCAGGAGGCCGAGAGGAGGGACGCCGUGUAUGAGAAGGAGCUUGGAGGGCAGCGGGACCUGGUCCGUGCCAUGAAGAUGAGGGUGCUGGAACUGAUUCAAGAGAAGGAUGACUUGUGGCAGAAGGUCCAGCAUCUCUCUUCCAUGGCCCCUGGAUGCUGUGUUGACUGCAACAAGGUCUUUGGCCGGCUGUCUCGGCGGUACCCGUGCAGGCUCUGUGGAGGCCUGGUUUGCCAUGCCUGCUCUGUGGAUUACAAGAAGAGAGGGCGCCACUGCCCACCGUGCUCCCAGAAGGGAGGAGCUCAGGUUGGUGACCUAAGGCCAAUAGCACUUGUGUGAGCAUUCUGUGGUGUGGGAGUGGAAGGAGCCAGGCUGGAUGCAGGAGGCAGGAGGCAGGUUGGAAGCCUGCAUCCACCAUCCGUGAGCUGAGUGACCUGAGAGAGCUCACAGCUGCCUGGGCCUCUUCUGCAAGUGAGAGCACCAGGCACCAUCCUCUCUAAAGUUCCUCCGGGCUCAGAAUGUCCUUGACCAAGAAGAAGGCCCAGGGGCUCUGACAUUCUUCCCCACUCCCACCUCACCCAUCCCACCACUCACCACACUCAGGAGCACCCUAUCUGCUUUGAAGGUCUGCUUUUGUUGCGUUUUGUGUUUAACAGCUUUCUUGAGUUACUAUUGACAUUUAACACACUUCACAUAAAUUGUACAAUUUGGUGAGUCUUCACUUUAAUAUACACACAUGAAACCAUCACCAUACUCAAAAUAAUGAACAUCAUUCCCAUCAUUCCCAAAGUUUCUUCAUGUCCUUUGUAACCUCUCCCUCUUCCUCCUCUCUCCCUGGCACCCACUUAUCUGCCUUCUAUCACUGGAGACUAGUUUUCCACAAUUUUAUAUAAGUGGAAUCCUAAUUAUGUUCUCUUUAUUUUCUGCCUUUCAAUAGUCCCUUUUUACUGUUGAGUAGUAUUCCACUGCAUGGGUAUACCACAAUUUAUUAACACAUUCAGU